AUGCUAUAUCUGAUUCAUGCUACGCCAUUACACCAUAAAUCUAUUACAAGAUCCUUACGGGCAAAACGUCAAAUAGAUUUAACCUUAUCGGCGGAGCACGACGAAAAAGAAGAUGAAACGGAAUUGGCCCUGGAGGCAAUUGCUAAUUUAUAUCGCAGCUCUGAUGGACGCACACAAAUCGAUGGUUCGGCGAAAGUUCUACAUCGUUCAAAUUCUUUACAAAAUGGUCCGGGCACUGAUUGGAGACUGGGUGUGCGUGUAACUUUUACAUAAGGGAAGAA